AUGCAUUGGCACCACGGUGCUUUUGGUGAAGUUCACGAGGAGGCCGGUUGCUUUGGAGAACUGAUCAAGCAGAGUCCGCAGAAUUGCAACGGAAGGAGGCAGGCACGCGCUACGAAUCCACCCGGAGCGAUCGGCCCGUCGUCCACUUUCUCCACCACCGCCGACAGGAUUGACGUUUAUUCAGUUAGCAAGAGGAGCCAUAAGAUGGGGCAAGAGGCGCAAGCCACCAUGUUGGGUUCAACCUUAGUCGAGUUCAAAGUGGACAAUGAGCACAACAAACACCUUGCUAUUGGCAAUGCGGUCCACUCCGACGCCAUCGCCGUCGGUGGGCACAUGUGGAGGAUGAACUGCUACCCUUGUGGGGCUUCCAUUCACCCCCUCUGGCCGUCCUUUCGGUCCUUCAUAUUCAAUAAUGAGGAAGGUGAACAAGUUGAACAGGGGUGGCGUCAGUUCCGUUCGCAAUAUGGAAUAGAGAGUUAUCAUGUAACAGAGGGAUACAUCACGUUUGUAUGCGCUAUCACGGUAGUAAGUAAGAACUCUAUUCCCGUGCCGCCUUCAGAUCUUGGAGAACAUCUUGCGAGGCUACUUGAUAGCAAGGAUGGGACGGAUGUAUCAUUCAAUGUCGACGGCGAGAUGUUCCACGCACAUCGAGCGGUGCUUGCUGCACGUUCACCAGUCUUCAAAGUCGGGCUCCUCGGAUCCAUGGCUGAGGCUACAAUGCCAUCCAUCCCCCUAAAUGACAUCGCCCCUGCAGUUUUCAGAAUCAUUCUUCAGUUCAUGUACACUGACAAGUUGCCUGGAGAUGACGAACUUAGGACCUCUCCCUUCGAGAUGAUGCAGCAUCUAGUAGCCGCGGCUGACCGGUAUGCAAUGGACCGGCUGAAGCUCAUUUGUGCACAGAGAUUGUGGGCCAAUGUGUCUGUCGAUAAUGUUGCUGCUAAAUUAGCUUGUGCUGAAAUGUACAGCUGCUCGGAGUUGAAGAGCAAGUGCAUUGACUUCUUUGCAGCUGAGAAAAAUUUCAAGAAGUCCGUCUUAACAGAGGAUUUUUUGCAGUUGGGUCAGAAUUUCCCAUCGAUUAUUGUGGAACUGCGAGAGAGGGUUGGGACAUGACAUUGUGCAAUAGAUCUCCAUGUAGAUAGUGCACGUGUUCAAGCAUAACUCAGUAUGGUGUUCAGAUAUCUUAGUGACUGGUAUCUCUAUUCUUGUAGUAUUGGGCAUUUGGGCUAUUUUGCUGCCAGGUGAUUCUGAUAACUGAGGCAAGGUGGAGGGUAUUGUCAGAUAAAUUUGGUGCAAAGCUUUUGAGGCUGCCUAAAAAGUAGCAUACUUUUGUUUUGGAUUCUCUGCUCUCUUGGUCCUGACCUGUACUGAAUUAGGGUUAUGCUUGAAGCUUCAAAGAUGAUUUAACUUUUGCUAUGCUCUAUGUAGUCUCUACUCCAUGAGUGUUAUCUGUUCUUUAAGGCCUGUUGGAAGUACUUGCAUUGUUGUAUUGUAAUUCUGCACUAUGUUUGUACUGUUUAACUUGUUUGCUAAUGAAAUGGUGCCGUAUCGACGCUCGUUAUUUACACACUUUUAAUAUUAUUUAACUAGUGUUUUCAUGCUUAUUAUUACACUAACCGUCACUUGGCACGUGAAAUAACCCCAUUAUUGCAUACAAGUUGUAUUUUGGAGCAUGUUGUGUUUUGGCAGGAAAUGUGACAUAAUCAAGGGGGUUUUCACAGGGAUCUAAAUAAAUAUUUGAACAUGAGUCGUCGAGGGGAGCUAGUACGAGGAAGGAGCAGACCAGGAGGGCUAGAAAGGGCCCAGGCCGAUCGGCCUGGCCCAAUCCUAGGUCCGGUCGAGCCCCCAUUUCUUCAACGUAACGUCCACGACAUCCUGUAGGGUUUUUCCACCGAUAUUGACCCAGAGCCGCCGCCUACAAGGGACUAUAAAUACAACCCUAUUGGAUCAAGGAAAAGGGGGAGAUGGAGCGAGAGAAGAGAUCACCACGAAAGCACCAUCCACCGCCGCCACAAGUAGGAAAAACGGAGAAAGAUUGGAUCCAGAGGAGGCCACGCGAAGAGGAGCAUCAUGGGAGGUGAAAAUCCCCUGAGCCGAUCGGCUCAAUGGUACCCAGGCCGAUCGGCCUAGGUCUUUCCUGCCCCCGUUCAUCGUCGUUUUCAGUCUAGUUGAUCUACAGGGCAUCCUUUACCCUAAAAUUUAUCAACAUGUAUAAGAUCAUAGGGUAAAGUCUCUUUUUGUCCUC